ACCAACCCAAUGCAACACCUAUCCCUUUCCCCCAAUUCCCCCACACCAAAGAAAUCAACAAAAAGAAACAAAGAAAGAAGCAGAAUGCUCUUCACCAACACCACCAUCAUAACCCUGGACCCCACCCGUCGAAUCCUCACCAACGCCGCCCUCCGCACCUCCGCCACCCUCAUCACCGACAUCGACAAAACCCCCAUCCUACUAACCAAAUACCCCCAUGACGAAGUCCACGAUCUGUCCGGCCACAUACUCAUCCCGGGCUUAAUCUCCACACACAUGCACACGGCCCAGACUUUGCUUCGUGGGUGCGCCGAUGAUCUGGAAUUGGUGUCGUGGUUGUGUGAGCGCAUUUGGGUCUUACAGGGGAAUUUUACCCCGGAGGAUGGAUAUGCCGCGGCGCGGUUGAGUGUGGUGGAGAUGUUGAAGGGUGGGACGACGUGUUUUUUGGAGAGUAUGUUCGCCGACCGCUACGGCUUCGACGGCCUCUGCCACGCCGUCGAGGAAAGUGGCAUCCGAGGCUGUUUGGGCAAAAUCGUCAUGGAUACGGGCCGCUACGCGCAAGAUGAUGCGUGGGCGAUGCAUCCGGGGUUGAUUGAGGAUCGGGAGACCUCGCUCGGGGGCGCGAUGCAGAUGUGGGAGAAGUGGAAUGGGAAGGCGGAGGAUCGGAUUCGGGUUUGGUUUGGGGCGAGGACGCCGGGGGGGGUAUCUUCUGAGCUAUAUCAAGAGAUGACGGCGCUGUCAAAGAAACAUAACAUCCCCAUCACGAUGCACUGUGCCGAGGUCGCUGCAGACCGGGACUUUUUUGCUUCCGUGGGGGAAGGACACACGCCCAUGUCCUACUGCGACAGCGUGGGAUUACUCUCCCCCUCGACGGUGCUCGUACACAUGGUCCACCUCGACGACGGGGAUAUCGCGCGGUUAGCAGCAUCCGGAACCCACGUCGCACACUGUCCCACCUCCAACGCCAAACUCGCCUCCGGGACAUGUCGAGUCCCCGAUUUACAGCGCGCCGGGGUGAAUAUCAGUCUGGGCACGGACGGCGCGCCGUGCAAUAACUCCUGCGAUAUGUUACAGGAGAUGAAACUCGCCGGGAUUAUCCACAAGGGGGUGAGUGGGGAUCCGACGGUGGUGACGGCCGAGGAGGUGCUAGAGAUGGCGACGAUUAAUGGGGCCAAGGCGUUGGGGUUGGAUCGGUGGAUUGGGAGCUUGGAGGUGGGGAAGAAGGCGGAUUUUGUGGCCAUUGAUGCGCGGGGAGUGGCUAUGCAGCCGUGGUUUAAUCCUGUUAGUGCGGUGGUGUAUACGGCUACGGGACGGGAUGUGGGUUUGGUGGUGGUGGAUGGGAAGGUGGUGGUCAAGGAUGGGGUGUUGUUGACGAUGGAUGAGGGGGAGGUGAUACGGGAGGCGCAGCGGAGGAGUCGCGAGGUCGUGGAGAGGGCGGGGUUGGCAGGCAAGGUGGGGGCUAGGUGGCCGGUUGUAUAGCAUGAUUUGAGUUGCAUUAUGUGACAGAUUAAGUAUAUGGAUUAGCCCUUUCGGAUCCAUAGGGUCUGCGAAUUGCAAUUC